GGGAGAUGGGCCCGGGGCGACGUGCAGGGAUGUGCCUUGGUGUCGGGGGCAAUGCGGGGAGGCGGCGAGGCCGUGGGGCGUGCACAUGGCACACACUUCCCUUUGGGCUGGCGAGCGUUUUGCACGGCUCCUUUUGAGCAACACUCCGUGCCGACCCGUUGCUCCAUGCAACCCCAAGGGUUUCCGUUGCAGGAGCACAAAAUCCGCCAGCAGCAGAAAUUUAACGGGCGACUCCGAGACGCCACGUGCCAUGUCCAGGGCUUGCAUCUGCCGGCGGGAUGGCGCUCCAGAUGGAGGAAUAGCACCCAGCCCCGGCCUGCCCGCGUGCCGGGACCUGGGGAAGGGGCGAGCACGUGCCGCCCGGCACCACGCUUGCUCUCCGGCUCGUGGGGGCUGAAAACACAGGGCAGCCAAGUCGGCUGAGACCAUCAAAGGGGAAAAGUCCAGCAUGAAGGAGGCAAAUGCCCAGAGUGGCCCAGGCCAUGAGCAGAACCAGCCCAUGGGAAGGGGCAAGCAGUGCAACCUGACCGGGUGGUGGAAGAACGACCUGGGCUCAAAGAUGCACGUGUACAGCGUGAACAGCAAUGGCGACUUUGAAGGUGUGUACCACACCGCUGUCUCGAGCACUGAAAAUCCAAUCAAGCCUUCACCACUCCACGGGUCCCAGCACUUGGACGAUGAUGGACAAUGCACGUUUGGCUUCACCGUCAACUGGAAGAGAUUUUCUGACUCCACUACUGUCUUUGUGGGCCAGUGCUUCGUUGACAAGAAGCAGGAGGUCCUGCAGACAGCCUGGCUCCUGCGGGAGAAGGUUGACUCCCUCCAUGAUGACUGGAAAGCCACCAGGACUGGCCACAACGUCUUCGUUCGGAUCAAUGACAAGGAAGAAGGAAAAGCCUCUCCAGUGGUGUCUCUGCCAACCUAGGAGAGAAAGGUGCUUUGGCAAAGGUCUCAGCAACGCCUACCAUGAAGGAUCUGACACUUUGAUUAUCGUUUCUGAUUCUUACAGCUUAGUAUUUGCCGGCUCCCCACCCUGUCUCAGGCCAGAGGGACCUGGCAAGUCACUCUGUAGCGUCAGCUGUAUGCCAAUAUAUGUCCCCACCGGGAACUCAGUGGGAACUCUGCACAAGCUGCUUCAAACUUCUUCAGCAAGAAGCUUCUUCCAAACCAGGAGCAUUGGAGCCAUGACAGGAACAGCCCGUGUGCCCCAGCUCUUCUCUAGCUGCAAUUUGGGUCUCAGGUGAGGCAAUUGCUGCGCUCAGAGCAAGAGGAUUUGCACAGCUGCUUGCUGCCUCCAAACCUCACUUGUCAGGGGCGACCCCCAUCCCGAUAUGGCACCUUGUAGCAUCUCUGAACACCUCAUGACAGCUGUUGUCUGUCUGGAGAAAUCAUGACAGAGUCAAAUCUUUUCUCUGAUAAGCUCCUUACAGAGAUCUCGGGAGCUGCCUGUUCAUGUCUCUUGUUCCCUUCUCCCAGGGGCUCAUGUGGGCUGUGCCACACCACGUGGUCCAACACAUACCAUCACCACCUCUGCAUGUCAGAGCUCUUGUGGACAUGCAACAUGAGUCUAUUCUUAGUAGCACCUUUUGGAUGCCUUCACAGUCACCCCCAAAACAGACCUAUGAGUGAUCCCUGCCCUGAGGUGCCCCUAGAUGACCUACCUGGCACAGGGAUGCCCAAUCCUUCUCUUUUCAGCAUUAGGCACCCUGCUGCCUGGCUGCCCCAAUACACAGGCUGUCUGCAAGUCCCUGCACUUGCCUCCCUCAUCUUAGCUGGGCUCAUACAAGGUGACCCUCCAAACCUGGGUGUCUGUUGGCACGGCACUGGUGCACUCACCACCUGUGAUAUGUGCUCUCUCUUUUGUGUAUGUUCUGCUCUGAGCUCUUGGGGAAAGAGGCUCCAAAGGGGCAAUAAAAUGAAGGUUUUUCCUCUUUAAA